ACUUAUAAUUUCAGCGCCCAAUCUCCAUUCUCUUCCUUUUUUUUUCUUUUGAAUUUUAAUUCGAAUUUGAAGUUUCAUACAAUUUUAUUUUUUGUUGGUGGUGGAGGAGAUCGGGAUCGGGAUCGGAGAAAAGAGAAUUAUAAUAAUUGGAAAAAAAAAGGAAGAAACGAAUAAAAUAAUAAUAAUAAUAAUAAUAAAGAGAUAAUGGGGAGGAAAACGGCGACGUUAGUGGUGGCGGUGGUAUGGCUGGUGUUGGUGGCGGAGAAAUGCAGUGGGUAUGGUGAAGCAGUACGAGAUGUGAAGGACAAUGUGAGUGAAAUUGCGGAAGAUGCAAAACUUGAUGAAAAGGCCGAAGCUGUCAAAUCUACGGCUUCUGAAGUAUACAGCGAUGCUAAGGACAAGGCUGAGUCCUGGUCCAACUGGGCUUACGACAAGAUUUCCAAGGGAUUAGGAUUGAGCGAAAAAGAAUUGAAAGAGACGGCGCAUAACGUAGCGGAUAAAGCAGGGGAUGCAGCCAUUAAAACCACAGAAAAAAUUAACACAGCAGCUUCAGGUGCAUCUAAUUACGCAUCUGAGAAAGCGGGAGAGGCAGCGAAGGCAGCGUCGGAAGCGGCGAGCAACCUGAAGAGCAAGUCGGGGGAUGUGGUGGGGACGGCGACGGAGAAGGUGAAAGAGACGCUGGUGAGCGGAAAAGAUAAGGCGGCGGAGGUGUAUGAGGCGGCGAAGGAGAAGAAGAAAGAGAACUGCGAAACGGCGAGAGAAAUGGCGUCAAAGACCGCGGAGGAAAUUGGGUGUAGGAUCAGGGAGAAGACUGCUGAGCUGUGAAGGUGUUGUUUAUGGUUUUUUUUUUUUGGUUAAAUCGUAUUGAUUUGGAUUUUAUAUUUGGGUCUAGGGAUUGAGUUGUAAUGGAUGUUUUUGUUGGGCUGUUUAAUAAAAUAUUGGUUGAAGUGGA